CUUUUUAUCAACAACGAAUUUGUCAACAGUUGUUCCGGAAAACGCUUUCCCGUAGUCGAUCCUUCGAAUGAGAAGGUAAUUUGUCACGUUGAAGAAGGCGAUGCAGCCGACAUCGAUCUGGCCGUGAAAGCCGCCAAAAAAGCCUUCGCACGGAAUUCACCCUGGCGAACCAUGGAUGCUUCGAGACGCGGUCGCCUUCUCUACGAGCUUUCUGACGCAAUGUCAAAAAACAUCGACUAUCUAACCGCCCUUGAGGCUAUGGACGCUGGUAAACCUGUUGAGUCGGCUAGAGGUGACAUCGAAUUCGCCAUUGACACAUUUCGCUACUACGCCGGCUAUGCGGAUAAAGUGAUUCCGUGCAAUGGCGACGUCGUUUGCUACACACGACACGAGCCAGUCGGGGUUGUUGGUGCUAUCGUCCCGUGGAACUAUCCCAUCGAUACGAUGUCCCUGAAGAUGGCUGCAGCCCUGUGCUGUGGGUGUUCUGUGGUCUUGAAACCUGCUGAAGAGACCCCACUUAGCACUCUAUUUUUGGGACAACUGAUUAAGGAAGUGGGCUUCCCGCCUGGCGUGGUCAACAUUGUCGCAGGCUUUGGGGAGACAGCAGGCGCUGCCUUGGCACGCCACCCCGACGUGAACGCGGUGAGUUUCACUGGCAGCACCGCUGUGGGCAGGUCGAUAAUGGAGGCCGCUGCAGUCACCUGUAAACGCGUCAACCUCGAGCUUGGCGGCAAGUCGCCGCUGAUCAUUUUCGCCGACGCCGAUCUUGACAAGGCAGCGGAGGUGGCGUUCGAGGAGGUGAUGUGCAACGCCGGCCAGUGUUGCGUCGCGGCAUCGCGGACCUACGUUGAUGAGGGCAUCUACGAGGAGAUGGUUGAACGCUUCCGUCGACUAGCCGAAAAACGCACUGUCGGCGACCCCUUUACGCCUGGCGUCGACCAGGGACCACAGGUAGGUGAUUGGAAUCUAAUCCGAUGCCACUCCUAUUGUAUAAACCAGACCCAGUUCGACACGGUGAUGCGCUACAUUGAGUCGGGUCGCGAGGACGGGGCUCGACUUGUGGCCGGAGGGCAUCGACAGGGCACCCAGGGCUACUUCAUCGCCCCCACCGUCUUCGCCGACGUCACCGAAGACAUGCGGAUCGCGCGAGAGGAGAUCUUCGGUCCGGUUCAGGUGGUGCUUAAGUUCGUCUCCCUUGAUGAGGUGAUCGACCGCGCCAACGCCUCACACUACGGCCUUGGCGCUGGCGUCUUCACCAACGACAUGGACAAGGCCAUGCGUGUCUCCCAGGCCCUCGAAGCGGGAACUGUUUGGAUAAACAGCUACAACUCCUCACCGCCAAUGCAGCCCUUUGGAGGCUACAAAUCCUCAGGAAUGGGCAGAGAGCAAGGCAAGGAUGGACUCAAGUUCUACACGGAGGUGAAGACCGUCUCCAUGCCGAUUUCAGUGAAGAAUUCUUAG